AUGCCAAUACUAGCCCAUUGCACACCCCGUUGGAUUGGGUCUGCCACCUUGUACCAAUUUCGCGACGAACAGGCCAACGCCAUUGCUCGAGUCGCCAGGUACCACGAGGCAGCAACUGACCGCUCCGUAAUCUGGUCCCCGGCCAGCGAGCAGGAUGGCGUUCGCCAGUCACUGGAAACGUCGUUCCCGCGGACGUCCAACCCCGGGAUUUUACUCGGCUUCCUCGGCUCGAUGCCCCUGGAGCUCCUACACAACGUUUUCCUGCGCCUCGACUUGGACUCUCUCUUCAAGCUCCGACAGACAAAUCUCAGGUCGAGGCAAGCAGAGCUGUGCACCGAGAACUGCGCGCCGUGUGGACAAUUCGGAGGUUUCAUGUCCCUGCCGACGUGGACUCGCUGCUGCUACAGAUGCAUGCAGCUAGGCACGGAGGCUCAGGUGCUGCUUUGUCGAAGCAAGGAGAGUCCUGGGCUGGCCCCUUUUGAGGCCGUUCGAGGCCCUGCCCAAUUGGCCGAGCUUGCGCAAAAGUCCCGCCGCACGCCGGUGUCCUUCUUCCACGCCCUGCCGGCGCGGCACAACUUCAUGGGCGCCUGCGCGCUGCCGUACUACUACGCACGCCGGCACGGCCGAGCGCGGCAUGUCGUGUGCUGGGUGCCAGCGCGCUUUUUUGAACAGGAAUUCGUCGGCGACAAUCUCGAGAAGUGCGAACGCAAGGCUGGCGAGAAGAUAUUCUCGCAGGCGGGGUUUUUGGAAUAUUUCCGGUCCUGCGAGCACGCGCAGCUCCUCUGGGAGUCGAGUGGCGAAGGCGGUCAUGACCUAGCAUAG